UUAAAAGAACUCCAUGGGGCUUUCGCUCCCUCCCCCAAAACGCUCGCCUCGUGACGGAAAGGAGUCGGAGCUCUUCGGUUCCCAUGGCGGCCGUGGAGGAGCUCGGCGGACCGAAGAAGGGGAAGUGCGGGACCUCUUUGGCUAAGGGAGGGAAGAAGCUCGAUCCGAAGCACCCCAGGAAGUCUUCAUCGAAUCCCGCGAAGCCCCAGGCGACGGGCUGAAAAAGAGAAGUCCGUGAAGGUUUCCGACUGGAGACAUCGGCCCCCUGUUCGGCCGACAAUGGAGCACAACACUCCCAAAGAGCGUCGCUUGUCUGAUAGGUAAAUGGCAGUGGCAAGGAAGAAGAAGAGGAAGCCAAACUACAAUCUCGAGAAAAUUGUAAUUUGUGAGCUGCAAACAGUGUUGAAGGGACUAGUAUUGGACAACAUUAGUACCUCUCUUGUUUCUUAUUUCCUGGGUGAUUCAGCUGGUAGAUUCAAAAGUGUUAUUGCAACUUGUGUUGAGAAUGUUGUUGAGCUACUUGGGUCAAAUUUCAGCAAAGAAGUAAUAUAUGAGGUAGCCAUUGGUGGAACUGAUGGAGCCUUGCAACCUCUAGCUGGUAGAUUGGAUGCCUUACAUAAAGCAAUAGCUUCUUUGGCAGCUGUUCUUCCCAAGACCAGUGAAGCUGAAGAGGAGCAUGUUUCGAGAACUUUCACUCCAGCAGGACUGUCAGAAAACUUGUCCUGGACUGCUCCAUCUUUGCUGUCAUCCUAUGGAAUAUAGUAUUGGAAGGAAAGUGUGAGAUGUGGGCUCGAGGUCACAGGUACUGUUGCAUCAAUUUCUACUCUCUUCUUUGACUAUGCGUUUAUCAACAGAUCACUGGCAGUACUCAACAUUUGAAAAAUCUGGUGGCUUUUCCAUUUGUAAAGUGGUCACUGCAUUCCAAGAGUCAUCUGAUUCCAAGGUGAAAGAUUUGCUGAAAUCCGAGCUGCAUCCAUGGAGGGGCCACAAUGUUCUUGAAGUCCCUGAGGGUAAGCUGGUCAACAAAGAAUGUUGAGAGUUGCCUUCCUGGUGAUCCUGGAAUAUGUCAAUUAAACAGGAAAUGUAUCGAAUAAUGACAGUGGAGGGUCUUGUCUAAUUUUGAGCAAAGCUUAUGUACAUUGCUUAUGUAAAUAACUUUCCGGGAGAGUUAUCCUGAGUUGCUGCCAAACUAAGUACAAGAAGAUGUUGUUUUUGAGUAUAAAUUACUUAACUGAAGUUUUCUCCGCAAUUUCUUUGCUCCUAUCUUGCUCC